UCACCCAUGUAAACAGGACAUGGCGGCUUCCCUGUCAGGUGACGGGAGAACGAGCAGUGAGGAGGAUGGCGCCUGUUCCGCCGAGAGCGGGGAUUCGCCCAGCGACGAUGCCAGGGUCCUGCAGCCCUGCCUGGGGCUCCUCGCUCUCCCCGGGGAAGUUCUGGAGCUCAUCCUGUGUUCCGGGGGCCUGGACUACAGGGACAUCGUCAGUGUCGCCCGGAGCUGCCGGCGGCUGAGAGACAUGUGUGUUGCCCGGGGCACAGUGUGGCGGAGGCAGCUGUUUGCCCGAUGGCCAUCUAUUAUGAAGAAUUACAACCAUUUGGACCUUCUGGACUGGUUGGAAGAAUUCAAGACCAGGCACAAGGCUGGCAUAGAGGCGCAAAGAAUAGUGUCUGCCUUCUCCAAGGCGCUCAUCAUCGAACAUCGUAUGCCUUGUGAAGGCUUUAAUGACCUCGACACUUCGGCUUACCCCAUACAUUUCAUCGAAGAUGAGCUGUUGUCCAUCCUCAAGACUGAGAACGGGAAAUGCUUGACUAAAAAGUAUUGUGCAAAAAAAAUCCUUUAUUUUAUGCGCCAAGACGCUACCAUAUGCAAGUUAAAGGGCUAUCUCCAGAGACCUGUGGAUCAGCAAGACAUCUUAGAAGGGGCUGUUCUCAUUGACCAAUACUGUAAUCCUCUUGAAGACGUUAGCCUAGAAAAUAUUCAAGCAGAGAUUGAAAAUAUUACGAGGAGGGUGAAGGUAUACUUGAGUACGAAAAACAGCAGACAUCCAAGCUUAUCCCUGCAGGCAGGGGAAUCCUCUUACAUUGAAGAUCUUGAUUUACAAGGACAAGCUCUAGAUGCUCUGAAUCACGUGCUCUUCACGGAGAUGAAGUUUAAAGGGAAUGUGGCAGAUUUCUAUAAUCCCCUGAAUUCAUACAUUCACCAGGUACUAAUCAAGAGGACCGGCAUUCCCAUCAGCCUCUCUGUGCUUUACCUUACUCUGGCCGAACAUCUAGGAGUACACUUGGAGCCAGUCAAUUUUCCUAAUCACUUCAUGCUCCGAUGGUGCCAGAGUGCCCAGGGCGGUUCAAACAUCACAGAUUAUAUGUAUGUAGAUGCAUUUGGAUAUGGAAAGUGUCUAACUGCGAAGGAAUGCGAAUACAUGAUUGGGCAACAUGUUACUGAAGAAUUCUAUGCAGCAGUCAGAACUAAGGAAGUCCUGCAGCGAAUGGUGGGAAAUCUUCUUAACAUGGGCAAGAGGGAAAGCAAAGAUGGGAGCUUUAUGUUACUGAGAGUGUCACUGGAUCUGUACCUGACUAUGUAUCCGGACAGCGUGCAGCACCUGUUGCUACAAGCUCGAUUAUAUUUCCACUUAGGGAUUUGGCCUGAAAAGGUACUAGAUAUACUGCAGAAUAUUCAAGCUUUGGACCCUUCACAGCAUGGUGCUGUGGCAUAUCUAGUCCAGCAUACAUUGGAGCAUAUAGAGAGACGCAAGGAGGAUUUUGGACCAAAUGUGAGGCGCCGAUCCAGUGAGAAGGAAGUGUGUUAUUCUGUAGGACUUCUCGUGAGACACAAGAGGUAUGAUUAUAGAGGUGUGAUCUUUGGCUGGGAUCCUGUGUGCAUGAUGCCCCCAGACUGGAUUGAAAUCUUGAGUGUGCACCAGCUCCCUCAAGGAGCAAGCCAGCCAUUUUACAAUGUCCUGCUUGACGAUGGAUCUUACAGUUACGUGGCACAGGAAAAUCUUGAACCUCAUCCAGAACCAGGACCAGUUCAGCACCCUGACAUUGCCCAUUACUUCUCUGAGUUCGCAGGAACUCACUAUAUAGCAAAUAAAGAACUCCAGCUUCAAUACCCAGAAGACACUGACUUCAACAUUCAGCUGAGUUUACUGAGACAGUCGGACGCUCCACAGCCCGAACAAUGAGUUGGGUCCAGUUUUUUAACUUAUAAUUAUUUUACUUACUGUAUGCACAUGCAAGAUACCAGAAUGAUCCAGCGCUGUUACAUAGCGAGCAUUACAACAAUACAUUUUUAACCUUCACAUCCAGGUUUUAGCUUCUGAGAAUAGGGCUCACAGCAUCCAAGAUGAACUAGAACCCAAGGUUUGUGAAACUAGAAAAUCUUCCUACA